AUGGAUCCCCGGACGUGGUUUCGCCAUCUCACCGGCUACUUCCUCUACGUCCUCCUCGUUGCGACGCUCGGCCCGCUGCUGUUCGGCUUCCAUCUGUCUGAACUGAACGCACCCGAAGAUGUCAUCCGGUGCAAGAAGAAGUCCAUCGUCGCCACCGCCGCCAGCCUCCCCCAGUGCAUCCCGAUGAACCCUACCGAAUGGGGCGUUGUAGGAUCCAUGUACACGCUUGGAGGUCUGAUCGGGGCUCUUGCGGCAGGUCCGCUCGCUGGCAAAUACGGACGACGCAGAGCGAUGCAGCUGACGACUACCUUCUUCAUUAUCGGCCCCGUCUUCGAAGCGCUUUCGCCCAACAUCGCAGUCAUGGCGCUCGGGAGGCUAUUGUCUGGCAUCGGCGCAGGGGCUUCAGUGGUCGUGGUUCCCAUAUACAUCUCGGAGAUAGCGCCGCCGGCUGAGAAGGGCUUCUUUGGGUCGUUUACCCAGGUCAUGUGCAACGUUGGCAUUCUCGUAGCGCAGCUGCUGGGAUACUUCUUGAGCCACGACCAGUACUGGAGGAUCAUCCUGGCUGCGGGCGGUGUCAUUGGCAUCCUUCAGAGCGUGGGCCUGAUCCUGUCGGUCGAGAGCCCAAAGUAUCUGGCAGAAGAGGGCAACACCACCAAAGCGAAGAAGAUCCUCCGACGCCUUAGAGGAGACAAAUUUGACCUCAAUGAGGAGUUCAGCAGCUGGGGAGUGGAGGUCUCGGAUGAUAUCAAUGGCAUGUUGCCCUCAUACGAAGAACAAACGCUCCUCGAGAACGAGGGCCGCGAGCCGCCUAAUAAGCAUCAAUCCUCGAGAGACGAUGCCCUCAGCAUUCCUCAAGUCUUCCGCUAUCCCGACUCCAGGAAAGCCGCCAUUGCCGUGAUUAUGGUCAUGCUCGCCCAGCAGCUCAGCGGUAUCAACAGCAUCGUCAUGUACGGUGUUUCUCUGCUAGCUGAUCUCCUCGAGUCCAACUCGGCCCUCCUCAAUCUGCUAGUGUCCGCCAUCAAUAUCAUCGUCACUGCGGGGUGCGCGCCCCUUGUCGACAAACUGGGUCGCAAGACGUGUCUCCUUCAAUCACUCGCCGGCAUGGGGAUCAGUUCGCUCCUACUGGCCAUUGGCAUUAUGAGGUCUGUCCCCAUCUUAUCCGCGGUGGCAGUUCUUCUCUUCGUCUCCAGCUUCGCUCUUGGACUGGGACCCGUGCCCUUCCUCCUUUCUGCCGAGCUCGCAGGUCCGGAUGCAGUCGGUGCGACGCAGAGUAUCGCGCUUGCUGCCAACUGGAUUGCUACGUUCAUGGUUGCUCAGUUCUUCCCCCUGGCCAGCGCGAAGCUCCACGGGAAAGUUUACUUCAUCUUCGCAGCGCUGUCUGCUUUCUUUUUCCUAUCCAUUGGCUGGUUCGUACCGGAGACCAAAGGUAAGAAGAAUGCCGACGAGGCGUCCAGUCCGAACAGGAUAAACAGCUUCGAUCUUUCACACUCUGGGCAUGAACCCGAGCGAAAUAACACUCGGAAUGAUAUCGCGAUACAAGAGACACACCCCAAUCCACCGCCCUCCCUAAUCUCCCCCGCCUUCACGCCGCCAGCGACCCCAGGCAUCUCCACACCCUCGCAUCCGCGCCCGCCCCGCUCCACACCCGUCGACACCUCGCUCUACUCCUCCACGCCCGCGCCUCACCUCCUGGAAAAGCUCCCCGAGGUAGAAUGCGAAGUGCGCGCGCGCAUACCGACCACCACGGGCCAUGAGAUGUGGCUGCAUGUGUACAGGAACAACGUAGACACGAAAGAGCACCUGGCCAUCGUCUUCGGGACCAAAAUAAGAAGCAGGAGCUUGGACGCAGAGAGACCCGGGGAAACGGAGCUAGACCGCAUGACGAGGGGCGCGUACAUGGGCCGAUUGUACCCCGGAAGGACGAGCUCGCGCGUGGAGCAGAUUAAGCGCGCCGAGGGCGUGGUGUCGAAACCCAAGGCCGUGCCUAAUGUGCAUUUGGAGUCGGAGUAUGCCUCCGGUACUGCUAGUAAUGGCUUGCUGUCGCCGUCCUCCGCCUCCUCGACCGCGUCGUCGGAGUCCGGCGAUGUCCAGCUGGCCGCGUCGUCGAAUGCAGAGCUCCCGCUUGUGAGGAUCCAUUCGGAGUGCUAUACCGGCGAGACGGUCUGGUCCGCGCGCUGCGACUGCGGCGAGCAGCUCGACGAAGCGGCGCGAUUGAUGGCUGAUCCUCUGCUGUCGCCGUCUGGCGGCGCGAUAAUCUAUCUUCGGCAGGAAGGGCGCGGGAUCGGGCUCGGCGAGAAGCUGAAGGCGUAUAACCUUCAGGAUCUGGGCAACGAUACAUAUGAGGCGAAUAUUCUACUGAGACAUCCAGCCGAUGCACGGAGUUACGGGCUCGCGACCGCUAUGCUUAUGGAUUUGGGAUUGGGUGGGGCCAGAGGGAUAAGGUUACUGACGAAUAAUCCAGAUAAGGUGAGGGCUGUGGAGGGGCCUGGACGGGAGGUGGUCAUUAGGGAGAGGGUGGCGAUGGUGCCGUUGGCGUGGAAGACGGGAGGAAGGGCGGGGAUAAGGAGCGAGGAAGUAGAGAAGUAUUUGUCCACGAAGGUGAGAGUUCUACUACCUAUGCGGGAAGAUACCUCAUACUCCCAGCCACCAUUAGAAGCCAUAAGCUCGAUUCGCAGCGGGUAUCUAUCUCCAUUAGGCUAUUACUUAGUUGCAAAGCUCGUGCUAUAG